UCCUUGGAGCUUUCGGUUGAGCAUGGAAAAAAUUAAAAACGUCGCGCAAACCUUAGAGAAGAACAGUAUUUGAACAGCCUCCUCUGCUUAGUUCUGACAAAGAGUUUUGUAUGUGCCAAACAAUCAGUGACAGUGAAUGCCAAACUCGAAUUCAACAAAAAGGAGUGCGAGAGAAAGAGAAACCCGAAAGCCAAACAAAUUUUAAUUAAAUGUUAGAAAACACAAAGUGAUUGCAACUCCCUUUUGCUCAGGACCACGGAUUACCUGGCAAAAGUGAUAGACUAGUGAAAAUCUCAAAUCUCCUGAAUUAUGCAUAACUGCAGUGAAAUGUAUUAGAGGACGUGUCGUGUGGCUUAAAUUUUGUGCUUUGUGUGUAUGCGAAAAUGUUUUAGUUCAUCUCCUCGUCCGAAGAUGAUGACUACCGGAAUAGCCAUGCUCUACACCAACUUCGUGAGCUGCUUUAUGCUGCUAACAGUGCUACUUGCAGCAACGAACUCUGCUCCAACCCAUCAUUUGACAAUAGGCGUUGAUGGAAAUACCCCCACCUUGAUUGUGACCUCCUCGGAACUCGGAAUAAUGACAGACACUGAGCGCUCGCAUUCAAAGUCAAGCAAGCCCCGUAAAGGUGUAAAAUCAACAAAUGAUAAACUAAAAGCCUUCAAGGCAAAAAGCACAGUGAAUUACAAAAAAGAUAAAUCGUUUUAUUUCUCCAAAAACUCGGUGGCGUCAAUGACAACAGCCACCCCCCCGUACACUGAAACUCCACCGGCAGAUGGUGUGUCAAUGCAAACGAUAGCUGACAACGUAGCCAUUGAUGUAGCUUCAUCUCCGGGACAUGUUAACUCUACGAGCACAUACGUUGCAAUGGCAUUUCAGACGUCCACAUUUACUCCAGAAGUGGUCUCCUAUCCCAGCACAAACUCACCGGCUGAACAAGUAAUCGAAACGAGCACUGGAGAGGAUGCGGAAAGAAAUACAAUGGAGCGAACAACCGAAAAUAUUACUUUCUCUACUAUGGUGGCAAUGAAGCCUACGUUCAUGACACACUCCUGGAGAGAGACUAUCACAACUACAGACUCAUCCGCGUUACUAACAUCAACAUCAGAUGACAGAAAUGUUGAAGUCGUUGGAACUACAGAACCUGCGGAAAUUAAUCCUGUGACCACCUUCUUGCCAUCCAUUGCUUCCGAAAAAAACAUGGUCGUCUCAAUGCAAUCUACCACUGUAACUCCAGCUAUGACCACAUCAGCUUCUACUGAGGAUAAUUUGGCUUCCAUUACAUCCUCAACCCAUCCCGAUGAUAGUAGCACAGAAACAGAAACAACUUCAACCUUACUACCCAUCAUGGAAACAAGCCACACAGCAAUUACUACCGAGUCCUAUGAAGUGACUUCGACAUCGGUGGAACCAAUUUUGAAGUUGAUUGAUCUCGAAAAACAUGCCACAGAACCAUUUGUGGACCUUAGUCAGACUGGAGUGGGCCACGACAAUGGCCAUGAUGGUCUGAAAAAUAUUAAGAAGAAACAACUGGUCGACAAGCACUACCUGGACGCAAUAUCUCAUUCUCAACCGCUUGAGGUUGCUAACCAGGACCAGACCAAAGACGCAGAGGUUAAGCACGUUUACUUAGGGCCCAUUUUAAUGGCGGAACGGACAAUACAUAUAACUGACACAAAGAAGAACGCUACCAAUGUUGAGCAUUCACCCGAAGUCGAAACCAAACUACGCGAAUUAAAUUUUGUCGAACUAAAGGCUAGUCAUCAUAUUGAUCCUGUUGCUGUUGCCACCUCAACAUUAGAGCCUGCAGCCGCCGAGCCAAUGGACAAUCAUAACCCAGCAGAUGGGGAAAUGGAGCCUGAGCAGGGACCAUCAACCGUUUUAUCUACGACCGUCUUCCAAGUUGCAGAGAGUGUUGCUACCAAAGACCCCUCGAAAGCCGCGAAUACAAUGUUCACUUCCACCGGCGAAGACGAACCGCUAAUGCAAGAUGCUGCUAAUGGAAAGAUGGAAUCAAAAAUUUCCGAUAUACAAAUUGAGGUAUAUGACUCAACGAUCGAUUCCAUAGUGGCUUCAACCAAUUUCAAGGAUGCCGACAUCCCUCAGGGUAAAAGCACCAAGCCGCCACUGCCAGUGGCGCAGCAGGAACGUUUCACCCAGUACGUAAUAGACCGCACUGAGACCUCCACUCAAGAAUCGAUAAAUUUUAGUACGAUUCAGGUAGCCUCCGGUAAACCGGAGCCAGCAGCCAUUGAGAUUCACAUCAAUGUGUCCGAGUCGCUGGGAAAUGAAGGCGAAGACGUCGACGUUUCUUUCCCCCUAGCAGAGUACAACAACAAUGGCCGCUCCGAAGAUACCUCAUAUGACGAGCCGAAGGUUAGCGAUGAAAUCAAACUGAAAAUAUCAUCGAACUCGGCAAGCACUUCCUCCGGAAUUAAGGACAAAAGCGACGAGGUCUUAGUUGUCGAAAUCGUCGACAAUGUCGACAAUUCAACUGAGUCAAGGGGAAAAUCCAGAAGUUCUGACGAUUUGUUCAUUAGUGAUGUCAAAGACACAUAUGCCACACCACCCCCACCGCCGCCGCCACCACCUUUCCAGCCGAAUUUCGACAGAGACUCCGAUACCAUUUUCUACAUUUCGAAUACUGAAGUAAAGGUGGGAGAGACGUUGCCGGCAACCAACAAGGAUGCGGAUGAGCGAAAAAUGAAACUGGAGAAUCAAUUUUUUCCGGUGAACUACAUGGCAAGCACCCACCCAAAUGUUAACAAUGUCAAUGGCGGCAGCGACAAUGGGUCCGAUCAUCACAUCUACGAGGAGGACAUUAUUCUCUCGUCCAACCGCAAUCAACAGGACUCGCUAAAAAUCUAUCGAAAUCGAAAUGAGCCUUCGCCCCCCUUGGAUGUGACCUAUGUGGGCGAGUCCAUUAUCGAAGUGGAACAACAGUCGCCCGAUACCAGUGGAACUACAAGUCCUUCCCCCGACCACAUGGCCACGCCCCAGCCCGACGUCAUUAUACAGCCUGCGAUUUUGCCCGAAAUCUCCAUUGGUGUACCAGUGAUUGGGGAGCUGCCACCGCAGAUAGAAUUGAAGGAAAUUGAUUUCCUGCCCAGUGAAACUCAACAGCGUCGUUCAGGUGUUUAUGGCUCCGUCAGUGAUGAUGGCAAUGGCAAUAUCAACACCAAUGCCAUCGGCAGCGGAAGCAACGAUAUGGAUAACAGACUUGACGAGUCCUCAAUCCAGUAUGGGGGCGACCUGAUAGACGAGAGUGCUGAUGGCGGCUUUGAUGGGGUUGAGGGCUCUUAUCCCUUUGGCAAUCCAGCCACAAUGGCAAAGCGGAAACCGAAUCACAUGAGCGACUAUGCCCAUUUGUAUGUCAACUACGGUGUGAACAACAUGCGCAAGGAUGAGUUAACUGUCGAUGUCAAGGACUCCGGAGAAGUGGCCAUGAUUUUGGAUCACUCCGCUACGGGUAAUGGGCAUGAACACAAUGCCACACUCAAGGAUUUGCUCAAUAGGACGACAUUCAACAUAAGCGGAAGCUUGAAUGAGAGCGAACGAAUUUCCAACGUUACCGCUUUUUCGAUAAUGGAAGACUCAAUGGAGGAGAAAAACACGGAGGACAUUUUUAACUUGAUAUCCCUGGCCAUAGGACUGUUCAUUGUCAUUUUGCCCGUUGUUGUUAUCUGCAGCAUGUUGUGGGCUCUGAGAUAUCUUUACAAGAAAUACCAUUCCAAUUCGACGGACAACAAUGGCAACUUGGAUACGACGGACGGUGGCAAGGGCCAAUCGAACGAAGAUGCUGCUGAAAAAGGAGAGUCUGUACAGCAAGGUCCAGGCUCUGCUCCUUCUUCACACAUUGGCAAAGACAAGGAUGAGGACAUAGAAAAAUGUCCCGAAUCAUUCGCCAAUGAGUCCGUUGUCAAGUUUGCCAGCGAACAGCCGCCACCCAUGUUAGAUAGUUCGUUAGAUUCCCAUUGCAAAGCAAGGGAAUUGCCGCUUAUUCUGGCCUUGCACUCCACCACAUCCUCCUGUGAACAGCCGUCCGUCCACGAUGAUGAGAUCUUGCAGGGACCGAAUGGGUCAAUAACGAAAAUGACUUUGGAAAAUAAUCUCCUCAUAGUAGAGACGGAAGAGCGCAAUGACAUGUCGCGGGUGGCCAGAGAAACAAAAAUGGAUUACAACAAGGACGGUGUCUUUGUUGUGGAAGUUGCCAGGGGAAUCGACUCCAAGGCUAUUCCGGAGAGUCCCGUAACUGAGGGAGCCGAUAAGAUGCUUUCGAUGUUCGAGCCUAAGCAUAAUGGCACUAUGGGAUACAAAAUGUCCAAUGAGAAAAUUUCCCACAACAAUGAGAAGGUCCAGAUACAUUCACCACCUCCAGAGGAUGGACCACGUAGUCUACAGCAAAUUGAGGAGGUGGAGGAACCAGUUCACUCACCCCGCCUGUAUGAAGACGAGCAUCAAGAGGGUCUCGCCCACAGCUACAAGUCCAAUGUUGGUUUAUCGCAAUCCGACCUGAGUACAACGUCAUCCAACGACUCCAAUAAGGGUUACUGUUACGGCAACCAGGAACUAUAUGUUGUGGAACAAUCGGGCUAUUCCACCUCCUCUCCCACAGGCAAUGUGUCGUUAAAGUGUGAUGCGAAGGAUAUCAAGGAUGAUGACAGUAACUCCCAAAAUGGCAGAAACUUGGAGCUAACACCUGAGAAAAAGGAGGGCACCAAAGAAGCCGACGAAGCAGUGGAUCCCGUCAACAAAGAAAAUGGUGCCAAAGCUGCAGGGGAAGAAAAUAUCACUCCCAACGGGAAGUCAAAUGAGAAGGAGGUACUUCAUAGUAACUGCAAUUUGAAUGAGAGUGAAAACCAGCAGGAGGAGGAUAAAUGUAAACAGAAUGAUAUCACUGAAACGAAGCAGGAAGAAAAUUUGAUGUUAAGCAUUGACAAUAAGAACGAGAAUGCCACAAUAAUCGAAUGCAACCCUGCCAGCCAAGAUGCCAAUGAUAGCUUAAAACCUCAAAUCGAAUCAAUCACUGAUGACUCUGCAGAGGCAGACGAGGGACAAGCCACGCCUCUAAAUAGCACCAAAGAGGAAAUGAAAAAUGACAAAAAAGAAGAAUGUGAACAACAGCCACCUUUGAAAGAUCUCCAUCUCAUUGAGUCUGAUGGAAAAAGUCAAAUGGAGGAAGCUAUUGUAUGUGAUGUCGGAAGUGUUGCUGAGAACUCCGUGAAGGGUGCUAAAGAAUCUGUCCAUUUGAAUGGAGUAGAAGAUGGCGUCGCAAUACCAAACCAAAUUGAAUCAACCACUGAGGCUAAGAACGUCAAUGAGACAAUUGUAUGCAACGGCCAUGACGAAUCAUCACCAAAUAAAAUAACUUCCGAAGAUACUUUAUCACAUUUGGCCACUACUGCAGACUACACUAAAGUGAGUACUGAAAAUCAAAACGGGCAUUAUAAUGGGCCUCAUGACAGCGAGUUAGUGAGCGAUUAUUUGGAAAGUCUCGUUGACAAGUGCCCAGAUGUCGGCAACCAUUGCAACGGUGUUAUUUUCCCUGCGGGCGAAAAAUCGCCACUCCGUACCAACGGAUCGGAUGCUCUGCCCGACCUGGUGCCGACAGUGGGCGACACAGUUCACGCCAAUGGAGGAGACCAACUUAAUGGUGAGAAAGCCAAUACGCCAGAAUUUGAGAAUGGCUAUGACAGUAUCAUUAGCCUACCCGAACCACCACCCACCACAGACGAAAUGCUUUGUAGUGACUUAAGCGAACUCCAAUUGGACUCAUUGCCUCCACCGCCACCACCUUUAGCCAAUGAACCCAAUGGGGAAACCUUUAACCUCAAGGACUUACCACCGCCAAUGACAAGCAACGGCUCCGAAAUUGUGCCAAAUGAGGAUGCGACUAACUUCUAUGCCUCCUUGCCACCACCGCCGCCAACUACUCUGCAUGUGACAACAGAUCCAACAAUCAAUGGAAAUAUGCAUGCUUCGCCCCUUACGCCGCCAGCAUCGCCACCACCUCAUUUCACAAAUGGCCUACAUGCAGGCAUUUGUCCACCCAUAGCUGUAGACGUCAAUGGAAGUUAAUGCCGCUGACCUCACGCCUCAGCCCCACAACUACACAAAAAAAUGACUGACGACUUGUUCAUUUAAUUCGAACGUUCUCAAAGAAAUCCCCAAGAAUUGCCCCAAAAUAAAAAAAAAAUCAAAACCUCUCUUAGGUAGACAUGCGAGACAUGGCGACACGGCAAAGCUAAGCAACGAAAUUCUCACAUCUCAAUUCAUGCCACAUCCAACCAGUGAUCGCAAGCAAGUACUAACUCUAGCUAGGACAUAAGUUUUUACCACAAACUCUAAACGUUACAACUUGUAGAAGUCCCCUGCUCCAAGCAGCGUGCCAAAUACACACACACACACAGUCACAACCAUCAACAUAGAACCUCCUCCUGGAACUCUGACAAGUAUACAAAGAAGAAAAUCUCCAAGUUUGCCAAUGCAUUGUCGCCUGUAGGCGAGACGAAACCCCCUCUCUGUGAGGCCAACCAAAACCAAUUAUUUUUGUAGUUUACAUUUUUAACUCUAGCUAAAUCCAUGCCCAAUCCCAAAUAAUGAACUAUAACAAAAAAAAAAAAGAAAAACAAAAAAAAAAAUCAAGAAAAUGUAGUCAAUCCAAUUUGUUGUUAAUCUUCCGAAACUAAGGAACAAAACAUUUUUUCAGUGUAGUGUAACCAGCUGCCUAGUCAGCUGCAUAUAUAACGAAAUUACUAAAAUUUCCCACCCGAUUCCCAAUGUCCCGACUGCUUCCUAUCCCGCCAGUACCAAUCUCUCCACCUCCACCUCUCUCUCUCUCUCUCUGUCUCUAGUCCAUGCUGCUCUAUGAUGUACUUCAGUAGAUCUUAAACAUAAAUAAUUUGCCUAUAGUAAUUAAUCAAAACAUAUAACCCCCUAAGCCAAGAAAAGACUCGCGUACAUGCCGCCCUAUGCAGAAGGAUGCCAGUGGCUGCUGAAUGAGUAAGAAUCCCCCUCCCGAUACUCGGCUCGCCUCUGUACGUGCGGAUGAUUUGUGUUUCCCUAGCAAUAUGAAUUUUAUUCAAAUACGAUAACUACCACAUUCAAGCAAGCUGCAACUACAGUACAUACAUAUAUACAAACAAUUUUACAACUUACCAAUAGACUAUAGAUCAAAUGUUGGGAAGGAAAAGGUAUCGAGAGCAUUUGCCCCCUCCCCCAUGCGAGAUAAGCAAAUGCAUGCCGAACAAAAGGAACGAACACAAAAAACAAAAACCCAGAGAAACUAAAUAAAUAUUAAACUAAAACAAUUGUAUUAUGUAUGUUAGUGUCAAACGAAGUCGCGUAAUUCGAACAAGAACAAAAAAAAAAACAAAAGCAAAUGCAAAGUCAAAGUAAGAAAAGAGAUUUUUAUAUAGCUAAAUCAUUAUAAAACCAAAAAUAAUUAAGUAUAAAAAACAGAACUACACCCACACAUACCCACUCAACCAUAGUAACACACACACGCAUAAACACACAUCAAAACCAUACAGCAUGAUACUCUAAGUAUUGAAUGUUGACAAGGAUUAGGCGCCCACACAGCCAAAGACACAGCACACACACACACGCGCAGCCACAGUUACACUCGAACGCCGCUGUGUGUGGAUAAACGAAUCGACGGGCCGCGACGAGGAUGCUACGAAAACUUGAGACUCAACACAAAAACCAAUAAAAAAAAAAAAACAAAAAGUCGGUUGACACGACGCAUAGAUAUUUAAUUGAUUUGUAUAGGUUUUUCUAGAUAUUUUUAUACAAAUUUGCCGCACUAUUUAUGUAUGUUGUGGAAAUGGAAAUCGAGACGAUGGGCGGACAGACAGAUAGACACGUGCACGAAUACGGCCAGUGAGGAAGCAGAUAACAAAGAUAUCGUUAUAUUCAAAUGUGAUGUGACACUUCCUCCCAUUCAACGUCCAUCGAGGGUGGGCCUCCCGCUGGACAAAUUGCAAUGCAGACGUACAUAAAUGUGAUUGUUAUUAAAAUUUGUAUAAUUAAGUUAAUCGUAAUUUAUUAUUACUAUUAUUAUUAUAAUUAUUAAAUAUUAUUGACUUGAACAGACAAAUGGAAAUAAACCAAUUCAAAAGAAUAUUAAAAACA